UGCCCCCCUGCCCUGCGCGAGAGGCCCCGCUCCAAGGCUGUGGGGAACCCGGGGCGUCCGGACCUGGGCGCCCCCCCGGACGCGAAUGGUUCCGGCCGCCGGACGCCGGCUGGUUGCUGCGGGUGGGCGCGCGGAGUGCACGUCGCCGGGGCCCGGCUGUCCCCGGGAGUCGGUCCGCGCGGUGCUCGGGGUGGGGACCCGGGGCGACCUAAGCGGCCGGGGUUCCAGGAUUCCGGACCCCGGAUAAACGGAUCCCGAAUGCGCCGCGCGCCGCGGGUGCCCGGGCGCCCCCACAGAAGAGUCCAGCCUACGGAGAGGGGGCUCCGAUGGUUGUAGCCGACCUCCAGGAGCCAAGAUACUCGUGUGACUGACACAUGUGACGUCACCGUUUGAAGCUCCAGUUUUGUCAUCUGUAGACAUAAAGCUGCUUCACGGAACUGAUGAGAGGAUUCAGGGAGACGGUGCUUCUGAAGCUGUUUGCAGGAGGGAGCUCUGGAGGCAUGGCCUGCUGGGCAGCGCAUGCCUGCGGUCACCCGGGACCACGGGCAGCAUGAGGACCCCGGUGGAGCGGGCCGUCGGCGGGAUGCAGACCCUCCGCCCUCAGCACCGCUGCCGGGGCGGCUAUCAGGUCAAGGCCAGGGCGUCGUACGUGGACGAGACCUUGUUCGGCAGCCCUUCGGGCCCCCGGCCCGCACCGCCAGACUUUGACCCACCCUGGGUGGAGGAGGCCGACAGAACCAAAGGAGUGGGCAGAGCGGCUCCACGGGCUUCGGGGGCCAAUGGGAGCUGUGGGACCCCCUCCUCCAGGGGCAGCACCCCGACCCUCACGCCAAGGAAGAAGAACAAAUACAGACUGAUCAGCCACACUCCUUCUUACUGUGAUGAGUCACUAUUUGGCUCCCGACCCGUGGGCGCCUGCUGGGAGGCCCCGUGGAUGGUGAAGGGGGGUGCUUCAAAACUCCACACGCUCUUCUGGACACCCCCAGCCACCCCGAGGGGCCACCCGCCCCACCCCAGGGAGACCCCAGAGCGCACCGUUCACCCGUCCGCUCCCACGAAGACAGAGCCCAGGGAGGGGUCCGAGGCUGAGAAGGUGUCCAAGGUUGGAUUAGACCCUCCACGCUCUCCGAGGCGGGAGCGUGCCCAUUCCCUCACCCACCUGAGUGCCCCCAGCACUGGCCGCCCACCCACCGGGGGCCCCCACGCGAGUGGGCCUCGGGUUCCCAGGCCUUCCCCCUCGGGGGUGACCUUCCGGAGCCCGCUGGUGACUCCCCGGGCUCGGGCAGUCAGCGCUUCAGUGCCAGCGACGUGCCAGCGAGGGGGUGCCACCCCCAGACCAAAGCCCCCUUGGAAAUGAGGUUCCCGGUCCUUUCAUCAGGUUUGCCCUUGGGGUCGCAGCAAGGGGAGGAGUUUCAGAGGAUGGCAUGGGCGGGGAGGGGGAGAGCUUCUGGGGAGACCCCCCAGGCGUCAGCGAGGCACUCAGGGUGGCAGGCAUGGAGGGUGGUCAGGGACGCCCUCUGUCCUGACAACCUCUGCUUCCCUGCUGCCCCCACAACGUGGACUUGAGGGCCACCCCUUGAGAUAUCUGUUCUAGUCCCGUCAGAGCCACAUGCAGUAUCAGUGCCAACCCAGGGAUGCCCCCCAUCACUCCCACACGUUGUCUUGCCGCCAAGUAUGAAUAAAUGGUGGGUCGCCAAUCUGGAGGGUUCUCUCGCCCCCACCCCCACCCCCAACCUCCCUUCAAGCCAAACGUCCUGCUCAGGAUGAGUUUCCAGCCGAGUCUGGAGGCCUCCGAGUUUUCCCUGGCACCGUGUCUGGGUGCUAUGAGGGUGGGCUUUUUCUUUUAAUGAUCAUGUAUUUAUUUUCACGUAUUAAAUGUGUCAGUAGCUCACCA